GGGGGGGGCUGGCCUGGCCCUAACCCCAUGGUGAGAGUCCACGAGGUUUUAUCUCCUUAAGAGCCGUUGAGCAGAAACACUUGAGUGCCUCGCUGUUGAACACCAAGGAUUCAGAACAAUUAUUCUGGAAAGGAUUCACUGGACGGAACAAAGUAUUGCACCACUGAAUUAAACAAAUGCAAAUCUAGACAAACAUUUUGUAACCUUUUCCACAAUUUUCCACAAUGAAUGAAAAGACUUCAUCUCCAUCAAUGAGAGAGGAACAGGGCGGCCAGAGGUAAAGAAGGGACCAGUCCUUCAUUCAGCCUGGGCUUACAUUAAGGACAGACCUGUGGCUGCCCGGGACCCUCUGGCCGGAUCCCACCGCUGCCGGCCCCCCUCUCUCUUAAUCUCUCACUCGCCCAAUUAAGUGGUGCUCUUUACCCAGUAACCAGCCUGGGGCUCCAUGCUCUGGAGACAGGCAGGAGAUCAUACGGUUAACCCUAACCCUAAUGGAGGAUAAGGAGAGCAGCCAGUGACGCUGGUCAGACUAAGGGGCCCCUCACACUAGGGUUAGGGGUAACCCUAACCCUAAACUAAGGGGCCACUCACACCUGGGCCGCGGCCCCGUGCCGGAGCUCAUUUGCAUACUUAAGUCUAGAACGUUUGGCUAGUGUGACCACGCCAUCCGUAUUCCAGCCCGGAACAGCCCCUUGGCCAGGGCACUCUUGGGAGAGGUGUGCCGUGGCCAAAGUACAGAUGCUAAUGAGAUGACACGCGUACACGCGCAGAUACGCAACGUGAGCUGGAUGACAUAGUUCUUGCGCGACCCUUCUUUCUUUAUAGGUAGGUCCAUGCCAUUCUUCCCCACAACAAUUAUUUUAAACAAUGGUGGCAAGCGGUUUACGUGUGGGUUUACGUUGGUCCGAUAGUGAAGUCGAGGGUUUACUUGAAAUUUGGGCAGACGACAGCAUUCUGUCGCAGCUGGACACCACGCAUUUAUCGUAUUACGCCGUGAUGACGUAUGUAUGAAGGAGCAAUCGUGCCCAGGCCACGGCCUUUGGGAGCAGUGUGACCACGGGCCAGCGGGGGGAGUGGGGAGGGGGGGAAUCGUGCUGAAUCUUCCUGCAGCACGGAACAGGCUAACUUGCCUAGUGUGAGUGCGCCCUAAUGCAUUCUUCAGUAGACUUCCAGUCAGCAGCUCUCAGUGUGAUUCUGGGGGCCGGGUUGGCUUGGAUCACUGUCCUUUGGGACGGGGGGGUGUUCAAGUGUUAGAUAGUGGGUUAACAGGACAGCACAGAGGGUGCCCAAAGGUUUGUGAGUGGGUGUUGGUGUUUGCUCAUGGGUCCAUGUCAGCCCAAAGGGUCACAGCGGGUGUCAGGGCUGCAAGCGGGAUCCCCGCACUCGCAGGGUCUUAAGAGACCGCUGACCCGCCGUGCGCCCCCCCGUCACGACAGGUCAAAGGCCAGUCGGCCCCGAUGGACCCCCCCCCCCAACAGGUUAAAGCCCCUCGCUGCUCCUCUAGGGUCAGCCAGCCGCCCCCAUCGAUCCGCUGGAGUCUAGGCGAACCCCCCCUCCCAGAGGCUCUCGCCCCAAAGAUAACUGACAACGACAAAGCAGCCCUCCUGACAGGCCCCUGUCAAUACAGAUCUCCACUAUUGAUUAGUCGUUAAAGCGAGACCCGGGAGUUAGGGGAGCUUCUGCUGUUUAACUCGAGCAUCUGUUGGACAGAGUCUCUCCUCAUGCUGCCCCUCUCUCUGCUCUGUUUGUAUUGUGCUAUACUUACUUGGCUAUAGUAUCGGAAUAUAUGUUAUAUUAUAAUUGGUUGUCUGACACCUGACAUAAUAGAAAAACAUGUUCUUUGAUGUCCUGCUGAAAGACACAUUGUAUUUAUUAUUUCCCUACCAAUUCUUUCUACAAACAUCCUGUAACGAAACCAGUCUCUACGGUAUAGUCUAACAUAGCUAGUGCAACUGUCCAAACUUUAUUGGACAAGAAUAACUUAGCAUCAUGCGGGAUUAGCGAUUGUUUCUAGUGCGAUCCUUCACCUUUUGCUCUUCGUAUUUCCAGAGUCUGUGAGGGUAUUUCCGUUUUAUUUGACAGUAUUUAUUAAACCUUCCUGGUUUCCUCCAGGCUUACCAGAACGCCUUCUGCGAUGUGAGUGCUUUAGCUCUGUGGGCUUUGUUUUGGUUUUGCCAUAAUCCAUGCAUGUGUAAGUGGAUCUUCUAAGAGGAGGAUAACUCCAGUAAGCUCCUUUAAACGAUACGGCACGUACUGCCAAGCCACUUCUCAUUCACCUCCUCACUUAGAGGAUUCCCAUUAUUACCGUUUUUUAUAUAAACAGCUCAACCUAAUAUUCUGAGCGUUUAAAUAUGGUAGUGCAAGACGGGUCGGUGGGUCCGUCCUCUUCUGACCUGGUGGAGGGUUGGGCUGGGGCUCCAGGUAGAGCAGUCAGGACUGAAGGUUGGUGAGGCUCUACCCUUCCUCUGGCCGCGGGUGAGGGCCCCACCGCGGCCAGAGGAAGGGUAGAGAGAGAUCAUGGUGAAGUGCGUAGUUAGAAGGGGGGUGUAGCAGGGAUGGAGCUCUGGGUUCUGGCUGUGGGAGGGGGGGUGGAUGGGGGGUGCACACAACCACACUCUUUGUGUGCUUAUAAUCCCCCCAGCCAACACAGCUUUGGCCAGGUUUCAUCAUGAAAGUGCCAUGAAAUAACUACUUUUUUCUCCUCUUUGCAGUAAAUCUCCCCUAAUCCUGCGAGCCCCGGAGACAAAGGCCUCUGGGACCUGAUUCUGGAGCUUUGAGUGUGGCUGAGGGGCGGUCCCGCCAAGCCUCUUCUAAAUGACUUAUUUCUAUCAGACACUAAUACAGCUUGACAGCCACGAACAGGGAGAAAGAGGAGGGAAAAGCGCACGGAACACAAACAUCUCACAUUUUUGAGAAGUUUGAGCGGCUGAUUAUGUUAGUGAGGGAUCCCCUCCAUUCUUGUUGGAGCCCACAGGAGAAGAACGUAUUUAUUCUACUUCCCUAUCUUCUGCUCUUUAGUUGUCUAUCUGUGCGGUGCUUUUUGCUAAUGUUUCACGAGGUGACAAAAACAAAGAGCACUAAUACUAUAUACUCGUUAUUUGCAAUUUUCUAAUUUGAUUUGGCACACCUGCAUGCAUGUCACAAGAUGAUCCCUUUACAGUUUCCAAUUAAAACAGUCACAGCCUGAAGGUAACAGUAUUUGUCUCUAUGCUUGUGUUACCUAAAAACAUUCCUUAACUAGAGCCGAUACCCAUGAGAAACAUAAUCUGUCAUUGGACGGUUUAGGGUUUCUACACUGGACACAAACUCAGACCUUUAAGGAAUUAACUUCCUUAAAUGUCCUGAUUGUUGGAGUUAUUAGGUGUGUGUGUGUGUGUGUGUGUGUGUGUGUGUGUGUGUGUGUGUGUAGCCUUAUAAUGGUAAGGAGUUUUAAUGUUUCAUUCAUCAUUUUCCUUUCUACACAGAUUAGAUAUUUUUUUAAUUUGAUGAAUGUAAUGAUUAAUUAUUACAUACUAAUAUCUAUACUAUUAAUAUUAUUAUUUUGAUGCAAUGGAAAAUGUCUAGUUAAUGGACAAAAUAUGUUGCCUGUUAGAGAAAGAAGUCCCAAAGGGAGAGCGUAGAUUGAGAGGAGGAGAAAAGGGGGUGAGAAGUCCAGGGGACAAUCAAAGGCUGAUAUUUUAAUCUGUGCUGCCUCAGAGAUUAGCCGACCACAUUGUUGUAAUUGUUUUAACGGCAGGGAAUGAAACGGUCGCUUAUGGGGAAUCCUCGGCCUGAAUCCACCAAGUUCAAUAGUUUCCAAACUUGAGCCCCCGCGCCCCCUCGGUUUCCCUCAUCUCGCCUAAUCCUGCUUAAUCCCUGCCUUCCUAUUGGCUGAUGGCUAAGGGGAGACGGAGAAAUGCUUCUUAAAUAGUCUGUGGUUUCGGAGAAGUAGUUUACACACGACAAGGUAGCUGGUCGGCCCACCAGGAGAAGACCUAACCCUAACCCAUCAGGAUAAAGCUAUCCCUAACCCACCAGGAUAAGGCUAACCCUAACCCUAACCCACCAGGAUAAGGCUAACCCUAACCCACCAGGAUAAGGCUAACCCUAACCCUAACCCACCAGGAUAAGGCUAACCCUAACCCACCAGGAUAAGGCUAACCCUAACCCACCAGGAUAAGGCUAACCCUAACCCUGUUUUCUACUGUUUCGGACUAUUUCACCGGAGGACCUCAAACUGAAGAAGAUCCUUCGCCUCUUCUCGGAGCUCAGGGCCUCUGUCCUCCUACGAUCAUCCUCUUUCUCUUCAGGAUGGACUCUUUGAGUUUCUGCGGGCCUUCGAGCAGAGCCAGCGGACUCCUGCACAGCCUUGCCCCCAUGGGCUUUGAUCUACACCAGCAGAUGGCAGAACAGUUCUGUGUUUACCCCAGUCCUACAGCCAACACACUUUCUGUUGCAGAGAGGCUGGCAGAGCUCAUCCUGGAGGCUCGCUAUGGCAACCAGCAGAAGCAGCGCCGCAGCCGGACGGCCUUCAGCGCGUCCCAGCUGCAGGCCCUGGAGACGGGCUUCCAGCAGAGCCAGUACCCCGACGUGGGCAUGCGAGAGAGGCUGGCCAUGUGCGUCAACUUACCUGAGGCCCGCAUCCAGGUGUGGUUUAAGAACCGAAGGGCCAAGCUUCGCAAAGGACAGAGGGCCGCCCCACCUUCCAGAGGGCCCAGUGCCGAAGCAGCUCUGCCUUAUGACGCCCUGCGAGAAGGGGCCCAGCGAGGAGGGGCCCAGCGAGAAGGGGCCCAGCGAGAGGGGGCCCAGCGAGGAGGGGCCCAGCGAGAAGGGGCCCAGCGAGAGGGGGCCCAGCGAGGAGGGGCCCAGCGAGGAGGGGCCUGGACCAACGCCGCUCACGCUGCUCCAACUCUAGCGGAGCUGAGGGACUUCGCCGUUCGCUCGCCACACACAGACUCCCUCGUGUCCAGGGCCCCAGCGCGCUCCCAUCCACAGCUCCCCCUUGUGGCCGCUGGAGGGUACAGGCUGGCCCACUCCGGCUUCCCCGCUGUGGGGGUGCUGUCCGUGGAGAUCCCCCUCGCCCCCCCCUUCUGGCCCAUCAUGCACCAGCACGGCAUGGCCGGCCUGGGGGUCCUAUCGUCGACGGUCAGCAAAAACUAGCCUGGCCCUCCACACCGGUUGUUCCAGUACAGCUGCCCCUCACCUUGGGCUGUAGCCCCCCCCCCACACACACACAGAAACACACACGCGCGCACACACGCACAGAAAGGUGAACUCCAUGCUGUGGAAUUACUAUUGACAUUUUUUCCGUUGAGCCUUUCCUUGAUAAAUUCUUUAAAAUGUCUGCAGGCAAAUUAAUGACUUAUUUAUUGCUUUUACCUGUUAUGUGUUCAGCCUGAUUUAAUAAAGCAAUGAACCAUAAUAACGUAAAUUACAAACAA